UUGAUUACAAAUAUGUCAAAAUGCAGCACAGCUAGCAUCAACAGGAAGAUAAAAAAGCAGCAGCUCAGUGUAGUGUUUAUAUUUUAUUAUUAAUCAUUUAUUAUUUUUGCCAUUAUAAUAAGGAAAAUAUCAGAAAUACUGAAAACUGGUGAUGAAAAUUACAUUAAAGACUAAAAAACAAAUUUAACAGCUGCUGAGCUUUGAAAGUUGGUAUCUGGUUUUAUGGGCUGCAGGAUUUGUUCAGAUUUUUAUCGCUGCGUCUUGAUUGUAAAAACCAUCAGCCGUUCCCAGGAGUCACAGACUUUAUUCUUGUUUUUCUGGUCAUUUUUGCUGUAAUCUGCAUUCUCCCGCCAGCGUUUUCUCAGAUAUGAGCCACUUCUGGGAGCCAGCCGGCUGGGCAGCAGCACUUGACCUGCGUUUCUCCGUCGUCGGUGGAGUUCAGCAGGAGUGGCACCGCGCUUCACUUCCCAUCAGCUUCACCUGCCUGGUAAUGGAUCCAAGAUGGCACCGGCGUGACCGCUGCUGACGGCGACACGUCCGUCUUUCAGCCAGGAGUUUCCCUCAGUGGAGAGGGAAGCGCUGGCGCUAAAGCGAGUCCCUCUGGAGGCUCUUCAAAACACCGUUACCAUGGCCACGAACUGGACCGGGUAGAGAAGAGGCGGAGGAGCGCGGCUCGUUUCCAUGGGAGGCCCCGGGAGGCGAUGCCAAGCCGCCAGGAAGAAGCCCGGUGCGCGGGGAGAGGCGCAGGCAGUCGCCGGAGCUGGAGCCGAUCCUGCCGGCCGCUGCGUGGCUUUCUGUGCGCGGAUGAACAAGACGCGAAAGGGAAAGCGACGCUUUGCAGACCUGAGAUCGUGGAGAAUGGAUGGAAAUCACGACCAGCAAGUGCCUUACUGCAACUCCACAACGCUGCAGAAGAAGACAUGUUGCCAUGAGAGUCCAGCAGACGACAGAAAAAGAAAAUUCAUUAAGUCCGACCUGGCUCUGGACACUGAAGAGCUUUUCCAGGACCUCCGUCAGCUGCAGGAGGCAUGGCUGGCAGAAGCUCAAGUUCCCGACAAUGACGAGCAGUUUGUCCCAGACUUCCAGACAGAAAACUUGGCUUUCCACGGACUGCAGCUGAAGAUCAAGCGGGAGCUGCACAGCCCAUGCUCUGAGCUGAGCUCCAACUGCAGUCAGGAGCGGCCCUUCAAGCUCCAGUAUGGAGAGAAGUGUCCGUACAGCAUCAGUGCCUAUGAGCAGAAGCACCACACAGGAAUGAAGCCCUCCAGCCCAGUGACGCCCCCCUGCAGCACCCCGGUGUCCCCCCUUCACCAUGGCUCGCCCACGCCCAAACCGGACCGGACUUACGCCCACAUCCCGCCCUCGCAGCCUCUCCCGGACAGCGCCUACUCCAUGGACCACAGAUUUCGACGUCAGCUCUCUGAGCCGUGCCACUCGUUUCCCUCCCCGCCGACGAUGGCCCGGGACAGCCGGCCCAUCUACCACCGGCAGCUGUCAGAGCCCAGCAUCCCCUUCCCCCCUCAAGGCUUCAAGCAGGAGUACCCGGACCCCCUGUUCGAACACCCGGCCAUGAUGGGAGCGCCGCUGCCCCACGCCUACCCAGCCAGCAUGAUGAUCAAGCAGGAGCCCAGGGACUUCACCUACGACUCAGCAGAAGUGCCUAGCUGCCAUUCUGUCUACUUACGGCAAGACGGCUAUCUGGCUCACACUAACAGGACUGAAGGUUGUAUGUUUGACAAAGUGGUGAGGCACUUCUACGACGACACCUGCGUCGUGCCUGAAAAAGUCGAAGGUGACAUCAAGCAGGAGGCGGCCCUGUACCGCGAGGGCCCGUCCUAUCAGCGCCGAGGCUCGCUGCAGCUCUGGCAGUUCCUGGUGGCUCUUCUGGACGAUCCGUCCAACUCACACUUCAUCGCCUGGACCGGCCGUGGCAUGGAGUUCAAACUCAUCGAGCCAGAAGAGGUGGCGCGUCGGUGGGGGAUCCAGAAGAACCGGCCAGCAAUGAAUUAUGACAAACUCAGCCGGUCGCUUCGCUAUUACUACGAAAAGGGAAUCAUGCAAAAGGUUGCCGGGGAGAGAUACGUCUACAAGUUCGUGUGCGACCCCGAGGCCUUGUUCUCGAUGGCGUUCCCCGACAACCAGCGGCCGGUGCUGAAGACAGACAUGGAGCGUCAGAUCAACGAGGAGGACACUGUGCCGCUGUCGCACUUUGACGAAAACAUGGCGUACGUUCAGGAGGGGUCCUACUGCCAGCCGCACCCCUACAGCGAAGGCUACGUUUAUUAGCGACACACACACUUUCACUCCGCCGUGCCGCCCCGCCUCCUCUGUACACCUGAGACUGUCAUGUCCUCUGAUUCACCGUCGCUCUGGGAAAAAGACUGAACACACACACACAGAGUGGCACUUCCCUCAAUCUGUCCGACAUCAACACACUCACUCAUCUUUGCUCUUGUCUUUCUGGCGUCCAGAGAGUGCACUUUACGGACAGGAACAGCACCAGAGUCUGUGUGUUUGUUGAUUUACCCGUUUAUGUUUGUACAUUACAGCUGAACGCAUUCUGUUUAUCUUUAUUUUUUAUUAUCAUUUUGAGCAUGAGGCUGGAACUUCGGUUUCCUGCAAAAGGAACUCGUCUCUGCACACAGGAAGCAAAUAGAAGAAGGAAAAACUCUUGUUUUGUCCUAAUGCAAACAUCUUCUACUGGAAAUCUAACAAUGCUUCCACGGAGACGAGAUUGUUCUUUGAAAGACUGACGCAGUGGUGAAAAAAAGACAUUUUUAGCCGUUUAGGUGGGAACUUCCUCGCCUCCAGGCUGACCCAGCUCUCUGCCAUGACUCCAACCAAACUGUAGAUCUUCAUCAUAUAGAUGUUUUUGCUGUAACAACAUCAUUUCCUCAUCAACUAAAAAAAAAAAAAAAAGCCUUGUGGGUCACAGCUACAAGGAUGCACUGGAAUCUUUUAGGAUAAUCAUCAGAGAACUCAGUCGCUGUGUAAAAAAAAAAGAGAAAAAAAAUUGAUUUGUAUUCAUUUUUCAUUCAGGUGUUCAGUUUUUCAGUGAAAAACAGGUGACUUCUAUGUACAGUUAAAAUUAAUUCAGAAUACCUAUUGCAUCCCCAAAUUUCAAUAAGUGGAUUUAAUCAGCAAAAGAAAAAAAAGUUUAAUAUUUUUCUUUACAUUUUUUCAGUUCAGUUCCAGGUGAACGCAAUGAAAAAAUAAAAUAAAAGUUGCUUUGCCAUCAUUAGUUUGCUUUUUGGUAAAACAAAAAGAGCUAUUUAGAAGUUUAUAAUGUGGUGAAAUAAAGGAAGUCGUGUUAUAUUAUAAUGUUGUAUAAUCAGGUACAUGCACAUUUUGUUGCUGCUUCAAAUUGUAAGUGUAUUUUCUAGUCAAGAUAAAAGGAAAUCAAAAAACUGAAAGCAUUUAGCAACUUUGGCCUGCUGCUCUGGAUUUCUGUUUAUUUUGUUUUUUUAUUUUUAUUUUUUUCAUCCAUGCAUCCAGAAAAAACCCGUCUGGUCCGUCUGUUUUUGGAGAUUUACAUGUGUGGGAUGAGAUUGGCAAUAGGAAUGUUCUGUAAUAAAAUAGUAAAAAAAAAAAAACUAAAUUAUGUCCACUUGUUAAUGCUUACAUAAUUAAACAAUCAUAUGAAAGGUUU